AUGUUCGUAGCCACUUGGAUGGCUGAAGCUGCACCGGAAACCAAGAAACCACAUAGUGACUUGCCGUAUGCUGCCGAAUACGCAAAAAGUGGACGAGCAAGUUGUAAAGGAUGUAAAGAACCAAUUGCUAUGGUUNGUUUUAAUUCAGUUGUUAACACCGACGAUAGUGUAAUUUAUUUGAAGAUUGGUGAGGAAGUUAAUCUUGCAUUUCAAAUGUGCAUUUUUUUGCAGAAAGCUUUACGCAUGUCAGCUCGGCAGCCAAGUCGUUUCUUUGAUGGUCUGCAAGAUAACUGGUUCCAUUUCCGAUGUUUUUGGAAUCGAUUGAAGCGUAACGAUAUCAAUGAGGCGUCGAUACGAGGAAUGGAACUGUUGAAGUGGGAAGAUCAGGAGAAAAUCCGCGAGAAGAUUGCUGAUAAUAAAUGUGAUCACGUUUUAUUUCCUGGAGUUGGAGUACGACCUGAAGUGAGUACGUCCAUCAAAGGAGAGUAUGCGAGAUCGAGUCGAGGCAAGUGCGCAGACUGUAAGGAAAUCAUCGAACAGGAUACGUUCAAGCUGAUCAUGAAGUCAUCGUCGUAUCAUGUAAAUUGCUUCAAGAGUGCGCAUGCUUCUCUGGUUCCAGAUGCUGAAAGGUUCGUCAUUCGAGAUCGUUACGAGUCAGAUGAAGAAGUUAAAGUCUUAAUUGAUAAUGAAUUUGAGUAA